AAUCCCAAGGGAGGGCAGCAGCUUGGAGGAGGAGCAGAAAGUGGUGGAAUGGCCGAGAAGUAAUGGGGUCUCAGGCCCCUAAGAUUCCUCUAAGAGAUGUCACUGCUAAAGCCACCCUUUAGGCAAUGUGGAGGACGGGCCAGAGAGGACCAGGAACCCUCCAAUUAGGAACUGAGCUCACGGCCCUCCCACUCAGUAGAUCAUGGCGACAGGCCAGAAUGUGGCAAAUGUCCAAACAGGAAACAGCAAAUUCAGGAGUCAGGCCUUUGCUUGAUACUUAAAUCCGGAUGGUCUCACAACACCUAAUCAAGCCGUAGGAGAAAGCACUGGUUGCCUUUGGCCUCCUGGUGACAAAUGCCACCCCUUAUACUUGUGAAAUGCAGCCCGAGUUUCAUUUAGCACUGGUUAAAACACCGGACUCACUGAGGCCUGGCCUGCAGGAUACACACGAUCAUGCGGGCCUCCUGAGCCAACAGAAGGGGGAUCCAGGGCGAGGGUGGCCCAGCCUGGGCUUGCUCCCCUUCCUCAAAGGGCAUCUGCCAGAGGGGGCAGGGAUGUUGUCUAGGGAAGCCUCUCCUUUGUGACUAGCUUCUCUGUCUGUAUGUCCCCAGGUGCCCAGGAGCUGGUGCGGAUGGACAGCAACAACACACAAGGAGUCGAAAACCCCGGCUUUGAGGUCUCCCUGUCCUCCCAAGGCAUGCCGGAGGCCAAACCCAGGUCUCCGCUGUCCUACAUGGCUCAGCGGCAGCCUUCAGAGUCCGGGCGGCACCUGCUCUCUGAGCCCUGCACUCCUCUGUCGCCACCAGGCCCUGGCGAUGUCUUCUUCCCAACUCUCGACCCCGUGCCUGACUCUCCAAACUCUGAGGCCAUCUAGACCAGCUGGGGCCAGCGGGCAACUGUGGCGGGGCCUGGGGCAGGUGCUUUGGAGGCAGAGCUGGCCCUCUGAGUGGUCCCUUAGCCGUGGCCCUGGCCCUGGUUUCCUCCCUCCUGCUCUGAGCCCAGACUCUUUGAGAUACCUCUGAUGGCCAGACCCUCAACUCCUCUGGGUGCUACAUGGCAGAAGGGAGAAGGGGCUGGAUUGCCCAGCCCCUGUCUCAAGGAUGGUGGGGUGCUGGGAUCCCGCCCCAGAGACCUGAACUUCACCAGCUACAAAUGCCAAACGGUCUACAUCCUAGAAGCUCAAGAGUUUCCAGCCUAUGGCAGCUUCUCUCCCUGGGACAUGAGCUUUGUGACCAAACAGCCCAGAUGAGACAAGAUGGGCACUGGACAGAACUCCUCUCCCCCCCGCCCCUUGUCCCCAUCCAGUGCCAUCCUGCCAGGCAUGAGACACAGGAAAAGAUGUGGAAAGACUCUCCCUCAGUGCGGUAGAGCCAGCGCCCUGAUCUCGCCUGAGGCUGCUCAUCGGUCCGACUCCCUCUCCGUGACCAUGGAGCUCUGGGGCUGGUCCUGCCUGCCUGCCCCUGGGGCCACGAGAGCCUCUCCCAGCUGUCUGCUACCAGCAACCUCUCCCAGUAGCUGUCCACCGGUUAAGCAAACCUGGGCUCCCACUGCCUGCCCUCUGGGCCCCAGAGUUCACUGGCCAGGGUCCCCGAAACAGGAAGUGCACCCUGGGGCACAGUGGCCACUGUGGGCCAGCUGGCAUCUUGGGCAAUGGGGGCCAGGCAGAGGUUGUGCUACCUGCUGCAGAGGGCAGUGAGGGAGGGCAGGUGGAGCCUGCUGGGAAGGUGAGUGGAGAGGCUCCACCCCCACCCUCCCCCCUCCACACGCAGCGUGCUCAGGACAGAGGAGGACCACAUACUGUAUUGCCCCAACUGUGACCCUCCCUCCAGUGGAAAGAGGAGGUGCUAUUAAACUCCACGGGCAACAAGUGCAAACCCUGGGAAUGGACUGUAGGAGCUGGGUUUUAAUUCCUGCUCUGCUUCCAGGGGUGCCUGAGGCCCAGGGAAGCCCCCAUCUCCUCCUCCCCCCCCCCCCGCCCCGUCUUUGGUCUUCCAUUCCAUCUAAUCUGUGUCAAGUCUUUACAGCAGAGUGACCCUGUCGGUGGGCGUGUACAUAGAAGGGUCUGUGGCCUUCUGCUCUAGACCCUCUGCUCCAACUCCUGCUUCGGGGCAUGUCCCGGAUUUGUUUUUAUACACCAUAUGCAAGGGAAUCCUUUGUGGAAUUUUGAUUAAAGGGUUUUAAAAACACA